UUGCCUAAUCUCAAUAUGGCAGCGGCCACAUGUGAAAACAUGGAAGGCAAGCAGCAUUCAGAUAAACGCGCGUUUACGAAAAGAAAAUGGAACAAGCCGUCAAAGAAUUUCAGCCGACGUGGAGAAAGAGAGUCAAUGAAAGUUUACAGAAAGAGACAGACCAAAGGUCUGACGGAGACAGAAGAAAUCAGUAGGCUACGAGCUCUUUACGAAGACUUCGACUCCAAGACCGUCGAAACCUUCAAGGACUUUCCGCUGUCGACGAAGACACAGCUUGGGCUUCAAGAGGCUGGCUAUGUAACACCAACUGAAAUUCAGCGAGAGGCCAUUGGACUUGCAUUGAGAGGUCUUGACAUCCUUGGAGCUGCCAAGACUGGCUCUGGCAAGACACUUGCAUUUCUAAUACCGGUACUGGAAAAGCUGUACUGUGAAAUGUGGGCCCGCAACUAUGGCAUUGGCGCCCUCAUUAUAACGCCAACACGGGAGCUGGCUUACCAGAUUUUCGAAGUGCUCAAGAAGAUUGGCGUGCACCAUGACUUCUCAGCUGGUCUUGUAAUAGGAGGAAAGGACUUGAAGUUUGAGAGCAAGCGAAUGGACUCGUGCAACAUUGUCAUUUGCACACCAGGUCGCCUGCUGCAACACAUGGAUGAGAAUCCAUUGUUUGAUGCCACCCAGCUACAGAUUCUUGUACUGGAUGAAGCAGAUCGCAUUCUAGACCUGGGUUUUCAGCAGACGGUCAAUGCAAUUAUUGAAAACAUUCCACUCGAACGUCAGACAUUGCUUUUUUCUGCAACACAAACCAAGUCAGUCAAAGACUUGGCAAGGCUGAGUUUGAAGGACCCAGCUUAUGUGUCAGUUCAUGAGCAUGCCAAGUUUACAACACCUGAAGGCCUCAGACAGAGCUAUGUUGUAUGUGAGCUUCAUAACAAGCUGAAUCUACUCUGGUCAUUUAUACGAAACCACCUCAAGCAGAAGAUUCUUGUCUUCCUGUCCAGCUGCAAACAGGUCAAGUAUGUGUACCGAGCCUUCUGCCGUAUGAGACCCGGCAUGACCAUCCUGGAACUCCAUGGCAAUAUGUUCCAAAUGAAGCGCAUGGCCGUGUAUGAUGAGUUCUGCCGCAAACAGAGUGCUGUUCUGAUCGCCACUGACAUUGCAGCACGGGGCCUGGAUUUUCCAGCCAUCAACUGGGUGGUCCAGUUUGACUGUCCUGAAGAUGUCAGCACUUACAUUCAUAGAGCCGGAAGAACAGCCAGGUUCGAGAAAGAUGGUGAAGCAUUACUGAUCUUGCUUCCAUCAGAAGAGCCAAUGGCGGAGCAACUGACACAGAACAAAAUACCAAUAUCAAAAAUACAAGUCAAUCCCAAGAUGUUUGUGAACGUACAGAAAAAGCUGGAAUCCAUGUGUGCCAGAGACGUUGCACUAAAGGAGUGUGCACAGAGGUGCUUUACAGCUUACUUGAAAAGUGUAUUUCUCAUGAAAGAUAAGACUGUGUUUGACGUCACCAAGCUUGACCUGGAUGCAUUCGCAAGGUCCUUAGGGUUGGCCAUGGCACCCAGAGUACGCUUUCUUCAGAAGCACCUGAGAGAACUCGAGGCAAAGGAAGCCAAGCAAAAGAAAAUCAUGGAAGAAAAGGCAGCAAAGGCAAAGAACACAAACAACAUUCAGGCAGGACAAGAUGUCUCCACAAAACCUGUCUCACCCAUCAAAGGCCCUGACACUGAGCCAUUCCAGUUUGACAUGACAGAUGAAAGUGAAGACGACAUUUUCACAGUCAAGAGGAGAGUGACAUACGAAUCUAAUGAUGAUGACAAGGAUGUGGCUGCUGUGGUGUAUGAAAAGGACACAAAGAAGAAGAAGAAAAUUAUAACCAAGGUUGCUCUGGCCAAAAAAGUGCUCAAGAAGAAAGUGGUGCCAAACACAAAAGUAAUCUUUGAUGAUGAAGGCGAGGCUGUUGAAGGCAUCAAUGUCCAGAAGGCAGAAGUGGUCAAGAAAUUGCUCGAGGAAGAAAAAGCGCCCUGUGGUAUUGACCUAGAGAUCUCAAAGAAGAUUCUUGAGGAAGAGGACAAAUUCGACAAGGAGCGCUACCGAGAGCGAAUUAAGACAAUGCACAGGAUAAAGCGAUUGAAGAUGCGACAAGAGCGCAAAGAGCAGAGCGGCGAGGCAGGGGCAGAAUUGGAUGCUGGCAGCGGAAGUGAACAUGAGGGUGGAGAGCAAAGCGAAGGAGAAGAGGGUGAAGACGAGCAAGAAGCAGCAUCUGAUGCAACAGAUGCAGAGGAAAAUGAAGGCACAGAGCCUAGCUCUGAAGAUGAUUUGCCUCAAAGAGGAAAACGGAAGGCCAGCCAAGAUGCCAAGAAGUUAGCACCUCAGAAGAAACUAGCAAGGAGACGGCCACAGUAUGCAAGCAGUGGCAGUGAAGAGGAUGAUGACCUUGGUCCCAUGGAUACUGGUCUUGACUUGGAAGGGGAUGAAGCAUUGGCUCUGCAUAUGCUGUCUAACCGGUAAUUUAUGGAUCUAAAUAAAUAUUAUUUCUAAGGUUUA